CACUACCACCAAGCACCUCAACACUCGCCCCCUCAAACUCCACACCUGCCACACAUGGCCCCUCAGCAAUUUGCCCCUUACACUCUGAGAGAUCACAUCUCGUCGUUCUUCCAAGUUUCAGACAACAAACUGGCCAUGAAGCUGUUCGGCAACAGGACUGCCCUGAUGAAGGAAAAGCAGAGACAGAAGGAAGCUGGAAGUUGGAUCAUCCAUCCCUGCAGUAACUUCAGAUUCUACUGGGACUUGUUCAUGUUGGUGCUGCUGAUCGCCAACCUCAUCAUCCUGCCCGUCAUCAUCUCUUUCUUCCAUGACGACCUCAGCACCAAGUGGAUCGUCUUCAACUCCAUCUCCGAUACUGUAUUCCUCACCGACCUGGUUAUCAACUUCAGGACGGGCAUCAUAGCGGACAACUUUGCAGACGAGGUCAUCCUUGACCCGCGGAAGAUCGCCAUCAGAUACUUGAAGACCUUUUUCAUCCUUGACCUUGUCAGCUCCAUUCCACUGGACUACAUCAUGCUCAUCUUCUCGCAAGAAACUGCUCAGAGUCACUUUGUUCACGCAGGAAGAGCCUUAAGAAUUUUUCGUCUUUUGAAGCUGUUGAGUUUGUUGCGGUUGUUGAGGUUAUCAAGAUUGGUCAGAUACGUCAGUCAAUGGCAGGAGUUCAUAUCUGUUGCUGGCAAGUUUAUGAGGGUCUUCAAUUUAGUCUGUCUGAUGUUGUUGAUUAGUCAUUGGAAUGGCUGCCUGCAAUGGCUGGUCCCCAUGCUCCAGGAGUACCCGCCAAACAGUUGGGUGGCUCUUGAAGAGUUGCUGAAUGCAGACUGGUUGGAACAGUACACGUGGUCCUUAUUUAAAGCCUUAUCCCACAUGUUGUGCAUUGGUUAUGGACGCUACCCCCCACAAUCUAUCACCGAUGUCUGGCUCACCAUGGUGAGUAUGCUGAUAGGGGCAACAUGCUACGCCAUGGUUGUUGGACACGCGACAACACUCAUCCAAUCCUUCGACACCUCCAAACGACUUUACAGGGAAAAGUUGAAGCAAGUGGAGGAGUACACAGUGUACCGGAAGUUGCCGAGAAACCUGCGUAGGAGGAUAACGACGUACUACGAGCACAGGUACCACGGGAAGAUGUUUGAUGAGAAGAGCAUCCUGGAAGAACUCAACGAGUGCCUCAAAGAGGAGGUGAUAAAUUUCAAUUGUCGUUCGUUGGUUGCUUCUGUUCCAUUCUUCGCUCAAGCUGAUCCUAACUUUGUUUCAGAAAUCAUCUCUAAGCUGGAGUUCGAGGUGUACCAGCCUGGUGACGUCAUAAUAAGAGAGGGGACGCUGGGCGACAAGAUGUACUUCAUCCAGGAAGGUGUGGUGGACAUUUACACGGGCAGUGGUGACCGGAUAACCACCCUCUUCGAUGGGGCAUUUUUUGGUGAAAUAUGCUUACUAACAAACGCCAAACGAGUGGCCAACGUGCGAGCAGAAAGUUACUGCAACCUCUUCUCCCUCAGCGUUCAACAUUUCAACUCGGUUCUCAAACAUUAUCCCGUUAUGAGGAAGACCAUGGAGGUGGUGGCCAGCGAGCGGUUGGAGAAGAUCGUGAAAGAUGGCGCUGUGAAGGUAGCGGAGAUGCCGAGAAUAAGAAGCUGCGUCUUCGAAGAUGUGGCUGCCGACUUCAACAUCGUACAGGAAACUAUGAAGGAAAAGUUGGUCCCGGAAAACAGGAAACGAUUAAAAACUCCGACCCAGUCCGAUGAGCAGAGUUUUCAUAAAAGUGCCUCCGAGUGCAACUUCAAGAGAAGGUCUUUCCACGAGAAGAAACCUUUCACGAACAUCUUCGAUGACAAAUCUUACGAUAACAUCAGCAUUAAUAACAUCAACGGCCUCAAUAACAACAACAGCAACCAGCACGUUAACAAUGACAGCAACGUUUUCAUUGAAAUAUCGAAAAAUGCACCAGUCGUCAAAUUUGACGUUGCCAUGUGAUACGUUAGAUGUUGUCACGUGAUACAUUGAUGUAUCCAUGAUACAUUGAUGGUUUUGUUGUACUGAAAACAACCAAAAAAUUACUGUGAGAAACUAAAUCACUUCCCAACUUGAAUGUUAAUAACAUUGAUAAUAUAAAUACUUGAUAUAAAAAUACUGAAGUAUUUUUAUACUUUUGAAAACCGCUUGAAUUAUGUAUAGGUUAUUUCAAUAAUCUACUUUUCACAUUUUUCUAAUUAACAUAAUUUUGCUUAUUUUUUCAAUGCUUUAGGUUUUUGGAGCAAUGGUUUAAAAGACUAUUAUUAGUAUGUAUUUCAAUGUAUAUAGACGGGUAUUUCUGUGACACAAACACACACACAAACACACACACACACAUAUGAUUAUAUGAAUGUCAAUACAAUAUUUAUGCGAUACAAACAGCAUUUUAUUCAUUUUUUUUGCGGCUUUGUAACAUUUUUUAUUAUUCUUCAUUUUUUCUCUUUUUUUGUUCCAAUCAGAAAAAUCAAUUAUUAAAAGAUACAACAUGGCAGAUAAAAUUAGCAGUAAUUCAGUGCUCAAAAAAUUUUGUGAACAAUCAUCUUCUGAUUGUAUUCGAACCGAGUCACUACAAGACAAGAGGCUCUGUCCUCUGAGCCAACGAGCCAGCGCAGGUUUAUUGCCAUUUCGAUCUUUCGCACAAACUUGAAAAAAUCGUUGGCAAUAAUUAUUAGCAAAUUUAGUAUUAUUUUGAUUAUUAUUCUAUUUAAUUAAUAAUUUUAUCAUUAUUAUUUGUAAUAUAACUGUUAUAUAUAUUCGUUUUUUCUUUUAAUCUAGAUAAUGUAAUAUCCUUUAAUUAUUAUUUUAUUUAAUAGUACAAUUUCCAAUAUUCACUGGUUUUCUUUCAUAAAAUUUCUUUCAAAUUUUAGUAAAAACUAAAAAAAACAACACUUUUUCCAUUUUAUAGACGCUAUUAUAAACAACAAACAAUGUCUUAGAUGGAUUUUAUGAUUCCAGCUCCUAGAAUCACGCACACAAACAUGCACGCACAAGUUUGUUGAAGGAUGUUUUAAUGAAUUUUUUUAUUAGUUUCAAUAAAAAAAUUAAAAU